AGCAGCACCUUCAGAAACAUGCAGCGCCGGCACACAACACUGAGGGAAAAGGGCCGCCGUCAGGCCAUCCGGGGUCCCGCCUACAUGUUCAAUGAGAAGGGCACUAGCCUGACGCCCGAAGAGGAGCGCUUUCUGGACUCGGCUGAGUAUGGCAACAUCCCGGUGGUCAGGAAAAUGCUGGAGGAGUCCAAGACCCUCAACUUCAACUGCGUGGACUACAUGGGGCAGAACGCGCUGCAGCUGGCCGUGGGCAACGAGCACCUGGAGGUCACGGAGCUGCUGCUCAAGAAGGAGAACCUGGCGCGGGUGGGGGACGCGCUGCUGCUGGCCAUCAGCAAGGGCUACGUGCGCAUCGUGGAGGCCAUCCUCAGCCACCCGGCCUUCGCGCAGGGCCAGCGCCUGACGCUCAGCCCGCUGGAGCAGGAGCUGCGCGACGACGACUUCUAUGCCUACGACGAGGACGGCACGCGCUUCUCCCACGACAUCACACCCAUCAUCCUGGCGGCCCACUGCCAGGAGUAUGAGAUCGUGCACAUCCUCCUGCUCAAGGGUGCCCGCAUCGAGCGGCCCCACGACUACUUCUGCAAGUGCAGUGAGUGCACCGAGAAGCAGCGGAAGGACUCCUUCAGCCACUCGCGCUCCCGCAUGAACGCCUACAAGGGACUGGCAAGUGCUGCCUACUUGUCCCUGUCCAGUGAAGACCCUGUCCUCACCGCGCUGGAGCUAAGCAACGAGCUAGCCAGACUAGCCAACAUUGAGACUGAAUUCAAGAACGAUUACAGGAAGUUAUCUAUGCAAUGCAAGGAUUUUGUGGUGGGCGUGCUGGACCUAUGCCGAGACACAGAAGAGGUGGAAGCGAUUUUAAAUGGUGAUGUGAACUUCCAAGUCUGGUCCGACCACCACCGUCCAAGUCUGAGCCGGAUCAGACUCGCCAUUAAAUACGAAGUCAAGAAGUUCGUUGCUCAUCCUAACUGUCAACAGCAAUUGCUUACCAUGUGGUAUGAAAAUCUCUCAGGCUUACGUCAACAGUCUAUCGCUGUGAAACUCCUGGCUGUCUUUGGAGUCUCCCUAGGCCUCCCUUUUCUCGCCAUAGCCUAUUGGAUUGCUCCGUGCAGCAAGCUAGGACGAACCCUGAGGAGCCCUUUCAUGAAAUUUGUAGCACAUGCAGUUUCUUUUACAAUCUUCUUGGGAUUGUUAGUUGUGAACGCAUCAGAUCGCUUUGAAGGUGUUAAAACCCUGCCCAAUGAAACCUUCACAGACUACCCAAAACAGAUCUUCAGAGUGAAAACUACACAAUUCUCCUGGACAGAAAUGCUCAUCAUGAAGUGGGUCUUGGGAAUGAUUUGGUCCGAAUGCAAGGAAAUCUGGGAGGAGGGGCCGCGGGAGUACGUGCUGCACCUCUGGAACCUGCUGGAUUUCGGAAUGCUGUCCAUCUUCGUGGCCUCCUUCACCGCAAGAUUCAUGGCCUUCCUGAAGGCCAGCGAGGCCCAGGUGUACGUGGACCAGCAUGUACAGGACGACACGCUGCACAACGUCUCACUCCCGCCAGAAGUGGCCUACUUCACCUACGCCAGGGACAAGUGGUGGCCUUCAGACCCUCAGAUCAUAUCGGAAGGGCUGUAUGCGAUAGCUGUCGUGCUGAGCUUCUCUCGGAUCGCGUACAUCCUGCCGGCCAACGAGAGUUUUGGGCCCCUGCAGAUCUCCCUGGGGAGAACUGUGAAAGAUAUCUUCAAGUUCAUGGUCAUUUUCAUCAUGGUAUUUGUGGCCUUCAUGAUUGGGAUGUUCAAUCUGUACUCCUACUACCGAGGUGCAAAGUACAACCCAGCGUUCACAACGGUUGAAGAAAGCUUCAAAACCUUAUUUUGGUCCAUCUUUGGCUUGUCUGAAGUGAUCUCGGUGGUGCUGAAAUAUGACCACAAAUUCAUCGAGAACAUUGGCUAUGUUCUCUACGGCGUUUAUAACGUCACCAUGGUGGUCGUGCUGCUCAACAUGCUAAUAGCCAUGAUCAACAACUCGUAUCAGGAAAUUGAGGAGGAUGCAGAUGUGGAGUGGAAGUUUGCCCGAGCAAAGCUCUGGCUGUCUUAUUUUGAUGAAGGAAGAACUCUACCUGCUCCUUUUAAUCUAGUGCCAAGUCCUAAAUCAUUUUAUUAUCUCAUAAUGAGAAUCAAGAUGUGCCUCAUAAAACUCUGCAAAUCUAAGGCCAAAAGCUGUGAAAAUGACCUUGAAAUGGGCAUGCUGAAUUCUAAAUUCAGGAAGACUCGCUACCAGGCUGGCAUGAGGAAUUCUGAAAACCUGACAGCAAAUAACACUUACAGCAAGCCCACCAGAUAUCAGAAAAUCAUGAAACGGCUCAUAAAAAGAUAUGUCCUGAAGGCCCAGGUGGAUAGAGAAAAUGACGAAGUCAAUGAAGGCGAACUGAAGGAAAUCAAGCAAGAUAUCUCCAGCCUGCGCUAUGAGCUUCUUGAAGAGAAAUCUCAAGCUACCGGCGAGCUGGCAGACCUCAUCCAACAGCUCAGUGAGAAGUUUGGAAGGAACUUAAACAAAGACCACCUGAGGGUGAACAAGGGCAAAGACAUUUAA